UUAUACAAAUAUGCCAACAAAUUUAAUCAAAUUUAAACUUAUUUCAUUACUUGUUAGUUUUUUAAACAUUUCUGUACUUGAAUAAUCGUAAGCAUGUCCUUUACAAAUAGCAAUAUGAAAAUUGUAGACAGCAAUCUAGUUGAAAAGAUCCUGGAACAAGGACAAAAAUUGAGAAAUGCCAUGAUAGGAUCAAUUCUGAAAAACGAUCCUUUCAGUACCGAAAUUCUAAUUAAUAACCAUUACAAUACUCCUCGGAGUAGUAGAUCAGAGUUGUCGAACAAUACAAAAACAGAAAACGUGAUACCUUUGAAUGACAAACGCUUAGAAGCCUUCAUCAAGGGGGAUUGUAUGUCGAAAGAGGAGGAAAAACUGGCAUUGGACACUUUGCGGUCUCUGUCAGCUCCUGAUUUGUGUGAAACUACAGAAAGAACUCUCAAAUCCACAAAUAUCGGUGGCUGUAAAUGUUAUAUAUGCAAAGUGUAUAAUUCAAAAUAUUUAUCGUGUGAUUCAAAGUUGAACAGUCAAAAGGAGAUGGAGUUUCAGUCACCACCGCAACACGAGGUAACUGAAAACAUUCCAGGAAAGUACAAAGCUUGUGGCGUUCAGACUCUGAAAUUCGUAGACUCUCUAAAGAUAGCCAUCAACAAUCUCAUUUUGAAUGAUAUCGGAAAUCAAAAAAUAUUGUCUACAGUUAACAGUAAAGUGCCUUGUAAAAGCAGCUCUAAUUUUUUCUUAGAAUACAAAGUACCUGAAAUUCUAGUAACUAGUGCUAAGCACAAAUCAAAAGUUGACUCCGGGCUAGAAACCAACCACGUUAGACUUUCGUCAAGAAAAACUAGCAACGUUAUCAAUUUCAAACAAGUUACGAUCCACGAUAUCAAAUCUUUGGAUAAAGUCGACUUGGAAAAUUGUGAAAUAGAUUUCAAAGUGAGUUUCAGAAACUGCAAACAAAAAAGUUCGGUCGUGUUAGGUUAUGCCAAGUUUGAUUUGAAAGAAUUCCUUUUAACAAAAAACCUGUCUUGUUCGAGAGGUUUGGUAGUUUUUCUGAACGAAAACUCUCCAAUCGCGGUAGGCGUGCUAAAACUAUCACUGCAGUUGGGUUGCGGUAGAUUGUAUUUCGGACAAGAAUUCAUAGAGGCAGUUACAUCUAGUAAUAAGGAAACUGUCUUACUAGAUAGUGAUGAUAGUACCAACCACCUGCUGAAUGGGAGUUUUGGUCAUUCAAAACCUGAACCUGAAAAAAACAUUCGUUCUUUUGGAAAGCACACUGACUAUUCGAGUUCGAAUUCAUCCAAACAUACUUCGAAAGAAAAUACUUCUAGAAGACCGGACCAUGGAUCUCUUCCGAGCUGUGUUUUAGAAAGAAAACCUCCAAACUCGAUACAGGUCGAAACAACUGAAAGGAAUUCUUCAAAAAGGGUUUUGGCUAGCGAGAAAAAAGUUAGUGCCGAAAUCGCCGAAACACAAAAGUCUCAAGAAGUAGAUAGGUAUGUGCUCUUCAGUUUCUUCUACGUAUCUGAAGCCCAGUAUUUGAGUGGACCUGUAAGUUCUUUUAUCACUUGUCGACCAUUUUCUCAAACGGAAACGUCAGUCAGUCAAGUUGUUGUAAAUACAUCGAAUCCUACUUUCAAUUUCCAUCAGGUAAGUGAUCCCCAAUAAAAAAAAUCAAUAUUCAAAUAAUUACUCGAGUCAAUUUGAUAUAAUGGAAACGAUCGAUUUUCACUGCCUAUCGUCCAACCUGUACUGUGAAUCGCAUGUUGAAAG